AUGCCGAAGCCAAGCUUGUACAGCAGCUUGGUCAACAAGCCGACGACCAAGUACUCGGACUACUACCAGGAUGAUCAGACUGGUGAAGGCAGUCAGUAUGGCUCUAGCGUGAGAAGGACGACCUCGAGAGCGGGCUCGAUACGCUCCGUUCGGUCUAACAACACCUUUCGAGACUUCAUCAUGAACGCCAAUGCCGGCAGACAGAGACAGGACGACGAGGGCUCAGUCUAUGACGAUGCACGGAGCAUAGCCUCCUCGACCUUCUCACAGCGUCAGCACAACAACCUCGUCAGAUCCUCGCAAUAUGGCACCGCACCUCAAUGGCAGCCCGCACACUAUGGCCGUCAGACCAAGCGGGCCGGAUCUCAGGCUGGCGAUGACAAUGCAUCGAUCUACUCGUUCGAGUCCUACAAGUCGGAUGCAGAGCGAUCCAUUGCCUCCUUCCACAGCAGACUAUCCAAAUCUGGCUCAUUCGCUUCAGGUCGGCCAGGCAGCCAGGCAGGCUCCCAAUGGCAGUCACUCGGAGCUGUUGGACCCUCUCUCGUCUCGAUACCGCCAAGCAGCUUGUACAAUGGCAAAGGACGGAGGAGCUCGGCCAGCAAAGGUCUCAGUAGAUCUUAUUCUGGCAACACCGGAUACGCUACCUCAGUGGCCGGCAGCUACACCAGUGGGAUCUCGCAGCGAGGCGUGCCAUCUACAGCACCGCCUUUAGUCCUGCCCUCCAGCAACGUACCGUCGUCGGCUUCGUCGAGCGGGGGUUUCUUGCGCAGAAAACCAAGCGAACCCAGCAACUUGACUCGUAUACCCAAUCGCAACCCUGUCAAGCCAGCUGGUGUCACCAUUCUGCCCACAAAGGAGCAGAUCCGUCAAUCUGUGCUCAACGUCGGUCUGCCACCCGCGGCCAUCCCACAGGCUCAGACGAUCGAUAUCAAUCCCAGAAAAGUCAAGAGCAAGCGAAGCAACACCAGCCUGCAACACAAGACCAGCCUCUCCUCCGUCGUCGAAACGCCUUUGCCAGCACAAGCUCCAGCUCGUCAGGCUGCAGCCCAGCCGACGCGAGUCUAUGCCUCAGCCGCUCCUGCUCCGGCUCAGGUCUACGCGCCCAAGCCGGUCGCUGCCGCCUCGCCCGCAAAGUAUGUGCCGCCACCGCCUCCGGUGACACCGGCCGAGUCUGUAGCGCCCACGACCUACGUCGUGCCGACCGUGUAUGUUCCUCCGCCAAUGGCAGUCUACGCCCCCAGCAUGGCUGCUCCCAUGCCCGAACCAGAACCAGCACCUGUCGUGGCAGCACCGCGAGCAGUGUCGACACCGCCUACGACCGUCACAGAGCCCGCGUUCGAGCCUGCAGCGGUUGUGGAAACGCCGAUGGAGGACGAGACAGAUGAUCUCGAGCAAUGUUUGACUGAAUUCACGGAGAGCGCGCAUGAGAGGACACCUGAACAGCUUCUGAGAGCGCUGACGCGCGCCGGUCUACUUCAUCGCGUAAUGGAAGCAGUAGAAGAGGAGGACGAAGAUGCUGUGGAGGAGCCAGAGGAAGCGAUCGUCGAGGAACCUGUUGCGCCCGUCACUGCCAAUCGACCCAAGGUCAUUCGACCGACAGGCAUGGUGGCAGCAGCCCAAGAGGAGCCUGCCAUGCCUGUGCCCACACAGUCGAUCAAGAAGCGCAAAGCCAAAUCGCCCUCGCUCGCUCGUUUGCUACGCGAAGUCUUCGCGGCUACCACAACCAAGCCUUCAAGUCCACCUUCCUCCCCUUCGAAGCGUGAACCCGAGAGUGCUGUCAACACGCCGACCAAGUCGCCUCUUGCUACCUCUGGAUCGCUUCCCACCCUUGCAGAUCUGACCUCGAGGAGCGCUGCCAGCGAUGCGCACCCGCCUGCAACUGAUCGCGCUACGAGCACUGCUGCGCCUGUUAUGCUUGCGACGCCCGAGCAGACCCAAGCGGCGUUGACCCCCUCACCGGUGCCGUCGCCAUCGCCGUCUUACACGCCUAGUCCUGCAAACGAGCCAGAAGAGCGCAGAGGAUCGGUCAUCUGGCAGAGCUCGACCGCUAAACCCAACAACUUGCUGCAAAUGACCCUCAUCGAGGCUACGCAUCACAGCGCGAGCAGAACAACCCUUCAUGGCCAUAUCACAGUGCGGCCCGAUUCGCACAUACGCGAGAUUUCAGUGCGCUCCACUACAAAUUAUUGGGCCACAUAUCUGGACUCGAUUGCCCAAUCUUCCUCGUCGGGCACUUGGGUGUUUGACCGCGCAGUCGAACACGCUCCCACGACUCUGCAGCUUGCGAUCAGAUACAUUCUCGACGGCUCAGAUGCAGAGCACUGGGAUAGCAACGGCGGGCAGAAUUAUCAUGUCUACGUUCCCGCGGAUACAUCAGGCCUUGCAGACUCUGCACAGGUCUCCACGCCCACUCAAGUCGAAGCGCACACUCCUGUGUCUGUUGUGGCAACUCCGAACGCGGUCGCAGAAGCGCCCGAGACGAUCUCUACACUUGCACCGGACGUCAAUGAGCCCAGCGACACCAGGCAAUCGAGUCCGGCAUUAGCUGGCUCAGGCUUGACUAACGGUAUGUCAUCAAAUACCUCUGAGGUCUCGAAUCGCUCCGAGACAGAGACGCCGACGACUACGCCUGCGUCUUCAGAGCGAAGCUCGACUCUCGCAAAGCCUAUACCAGGUCUUGCGACAUUGUACGCUCUUCCUCGCCAGACCUCCGCGCCAGCACAGAAAGCCGACAAUCCUCGGAUCUAUCUCACCCGCACAGAAUCAGAUCGUGCUGCGAUGCUCGAACGAGGUGUAGAUCCCGCUGCGCCUGUCGAAGAUCAUGGUAGAGAGAUCGAAGUGACAUCCGUACAACCAGGUACACGCAAGCUCGACAGCGGGCCUCAAUCUCUCGUCAACGAUCGCUUGCCAAAGUCUAAGGCCCGCCAGACCUCAGCGUCCUCGGUCGCGUCGUCUGUCUCGUAUGCUCCCGUCAGUGGUGCUAGGUUGCCUCGCGCCACGCAUGCCAGCAUCAUCGCUGCCAGCAAUGGCUUGCCGCUACAGCUCGAGCCAGAGACCGCCGAGAGGCCUGUUGGUCAUACCGCGCAGUCGCACCCGUCAUCACGAAGAGGCUCGUCGUCUGGCGAAGACUCUCGCGGGCCCUCAUUGGAUGCUUGGUCUCCAAAUCAAUCGCGACAAGGCAGCGUCUCCGGAGGUAGCGUGACAAACGAGGCGUUCACAUUUAAGCGGCGCAGUCAAAUGACCAACGAGCCCUCUGCACUGGCUAACGAGACCUCAGCAUCGCCUUCUCCAGUCGGCCGCGCAGCCCGCUCUCCCGCGACCUCGGCUGGUCCGUCUAGGCAAGCUUCUCUUCAUCAAUCGCCGGAAAGGUCAGAAGUCGACGGGUUUACGCAUCACGAUGACUCGAGCGAGGAGGAAGAGGAUGAAUACGAAAGCGACGAGGAAGACGAGCAAGUCAGCGCAUUACCUAACGACGCAAUGUCGACGCCCUCUGUCAGAACGACUGGCGGGCUCACGACGGCAGGCAUUGGCGCAAUGUCUGUGCCCCUCGGAGCUUAUCGACCUGCACGAGACCCCAAGAGAAUAUCGUACCUCAUGGCCGAAAAGAUCAAAGGCCCUGCUCAGACGAUGUGCGCAUUGACGAUCACAAGCAACGCUGCACUGUCCUUAGCGCAGCCCAGCUUCGUUGACAAGGUCUUCGCUUCACCUAAGAAGCAGCCCGUCGGUGCGGCAGCCUUGCCGCCACAUCUCGCUGGUAAAAUGAAUAGUGGGCCACUUGUCGAGCUCACAAACCUGGCCGAAUCGCCUAAGAAACUGAAGACGAAUCAAGUACUCGUGCAAGUCUUUGCUGUCGCUGUCGACUUCUGGGAUCAACAUCACGUCAACAAGCUUGGUCAAAAUCCGAACAGUCACGGCUUCAUCCCAGGCAGAAGCUUCUGCGGGAAAGCUGUCGAGGUCGGUAUGGACGUCACGCGUAUCAAGAAGGGCGAUUUCGUCUACGGUUUAGCUGAGCUCAAGCAAAGCGGUGCCCUUGCGGAGUACUUGACGGUCGAUCGCGGUCUCAUCGCCCAUGCUCCACAAGGUCGGCUCAGUCUUGAACAGAUUGCAGCUCUGCCCCUGGCCGGCGUCGCGGCCUAUCAAGCUAUGAACGAAGUCUGCGCCGAUCUACCACGCGGUUCAAAGAUCUUGGUGUUGAAUGCUCACGAAGGUGUAGGCGCCAUCGCCGUCCAGCUAGCGAUCUCCCUUCGUCAGAAGGCGGACCUGUGGAUCACUGCGCAAGUGCCAGAAUACGUCACCGAAGCGCAGACAUUCUGCCGGGCUAUCGGCGCUUCCGAAACACUUCAGGACGAGCCUUUGGCGGUCAUCAAUUCGCUGCACGAGUCAUCGUAUGACGUCGUCAUCGAUACAAUCGGCGGCCGUCGCAUCUACGAUGCGUCACGACGUAUUUUGCAUUCCCAGAACUCCACCUUUAUCACCACGGUCGGCGAAAGUCUGGCUGUGGCCAGUACGCCAUCCUACUGGAAAAUGGGCUUCAAGCAGAUGCGCCGGGCAUGGGUGAAGAAGGGCUCAAAGCGCAUCAACUAUCUCAUGCCAUCUCUUGACGAACGAGAGGACUGCCGCGAGGCACUCGAUAGGCUCCGUGUCGAAGUGGAUCGUCGACAUCUCAGCCCCGUCGUUCGCCGAGUUCUUGGCUUCGAAGAAGGCGGCAAAGCGUUCGAAGAUCUCGUCGAAGAGAAUCUUGGCGGCAUCGUCAUCCGCAUUCUCGACUGA